AUGCAGGUUGAUCCAGUAUGUCUAAGGUGUGGAGCUACUAUGGAAUCUAGUGAUCAUGUCUUAUUUGAUAGCCCCUUUACAAGGAGUGUGUGGUUCGGGUGUUCACUGCACUAUUUUCCACCGACAAAUACAACACCAAAGCUUACAGAUUGGCUUCAAAGCUGGGAUGAUCUAUUCCGUGUGGACAACAAGAAGGCGCAUGAUUCAUUAUCCAGGCCUUCCUUCAUUUGUUGGUACCUUUGGCGGGCUCGAAACGACUUGGCUUUUAAUGAGAGGCAAUGGUCUCCAUUAGAAGUUAUUGCAACGGCUGAGAAAACUUUUCUGGAGUUUUCCAACGCUACAGUUGUUCCUUCAGCCCCUCUUGCAAGUCCAGUUGGUGCAAGCCCUACAUGUCAACACUGGGAGCCUCCACCGGUUGGGUCUAUUAAGAUUAAAUGUGAUGCGGCUCUUUCGAGGGAGUUCAAAGGGAGGACUGGAAAUGCUUUAACAGAGGCUAUGGAUGCAGGCUACACAAAUGUCUUAGUUGAAUCUGAUUGCAAAGAAGCAGUGGAGCUCAUUCAAAAUCGCAGUAGACCACCACCAUCAGAUGUAGCGGAUGUUGUUGCUGAUGAGCAGUGA